UACUCCCCUUCGAGAGGUCCGACUACGUUGCUUAUAACUACAGUAUGGUGCCAAAGAAAUAUUAAAUGCGCUGACUCAGAAGUGGAAACUUGCACAUCUUGUUGAAAAUGGAGCAGACCGCUAUGAACGGGGCCCCCGAGAACAGCCUGGAGUUCCGGCUCCUGGCGGCCUACGUCAAGAAGAGGAGGCCCUCGCUCCCAGUCCGCCCCGGCCCCCCCGGGGCGUCCGCCGCGCCACAGCCGGCCUCCGGCAGGAAGUGGAAGGGGAGGAUAGGUAAGCUGAAGAUGUUCUUCCUUUGCAUUCGACCCCAGAAAGAGGACCACGCGCUGCGGUCUCAACCCUCGGAGACCGACGGAAGGGGACCCUGUUUCAGAGCCCGGGGUCCCGACCGGAGUGCCAGUGCAGCGGGGACGGUCCUUGCGGUGACUGAUAAGCUGACGGCGAUCGCGGAUUCCGUGCCCAUGGACCCUGACGAAUAUCAAGCUGAUGGCCCAGACGAUGUUAUUGAUUCAAUUGUGGAGCUGCUACGUGUGUCUGGUGACCGGCUCAAUGAAGAGAUGAAGGAGAACGAGUCGUUGAGCAAGCUGCUCGGUGGCGGGUUCUCCUACUCCACGUUUAAGAAGGUGACCAGCGCCUUCCUCGGGAAGGUGGAUCCCGCUGAUAUCCCCAGCUCCAAGGACCCAGAGCAGGCCAUGGUCGCCCUCACCUUCGAGGUCACCAGCAGGCUGACCACCAUGGACUGCCACCCCAUGAACGUGGUCAUGGGCUUCGGGGCCAGGUACCUGCAGGAGAACUACUCCGGCUGGGUGAAGCAGCACGGUGGCUGGGAGAAGGCUUUUGCCACUGAAGAUGAUGAGGAAGUCCAGUGAAAUGGGGAGGUUUCAGUUCUUUCAUUUUCUUCGAGAGUUUUACGAACUUUGUGUUGAAUCAUUGAUUUGAUGGACCUUGCAAUGAUCAUCGGAAUAUAAGCCGUGAGAAGAAAUUUUCAAGACAUCCAUUGUCUUCCUGCAAUCAGCCAAAUGCAAAGCUUUCCUGAGAAUGGGACGACCCUGAAUUAUUUUUUUUAUGCAGGUACAUUUGCAGGUACAUUUGGGAUGUGCAUCAGAAUUUUUUUUAUUCUCUCUUUAGGAUGACAGAAAAUGGGUGGGAACAUUUUCUGUUUGAGAAUUUUGGGGCUGGCAGCACGGAUGGUGCGGUGGGUAGCACUGUCGCCUCACAGCAAGGAGGUCCUGGGUUCGAAUCCCCGUUGGCUGGGGCCUCUCUGUGCGGAGUUUGCAUGUUCUCCCCGUGUUCGCGUGGGUUUUCUCCCACAGUCCAAAGACAUGCAGGUUAGGCUGAUUGGAGAGUCUAAAUUGCCCAUAGAUAUGAGUGUGUGAGUGAAUGGUGUGUGUGCCCUGUGAUGGACUGGCGACCUGUCCAGGGUGUAUUCCUGCCUUUCGCCCAAUGUAUGCUGGGAUAGGCUCCAGCCCCCCUGUGACCCUGAUCAGGAUAAGCGGGUUAAGAUAAUGGAUGGAUGGAUGUAAUUUUGGGGCUGGUCAGUGAAUGACCACUAAAUGUAUCUUUAUUCAGAAAUGCAAUGUUGACUCUCUUAUCAGCAAAUGACACAUCUUAUCAGUCAGAAUUUAUCUUCUUCUAGAAGAUUUUGCAUUGUAAGGUGCAUUUGAUGUUUUGUAUUUUUUGUUUUGAUGUUAAGUAUUUUUUUCCCUUUAAACAGCAAAGGGAAUUUGAGGAUUUGCAGUUUUAUGUUAUUUCUAAAUCAAUGUGAAUGGACAUUUUGAGAUUCAGAAUUGUUGAAGGAACAAAAUGUUUACAAAAAAUGGCACACAGGCCUGGUUUUUUUUUUUUUUCUCUAAUGCUCGUUCAACAGUUGAAAAUUUAUUUUGAUUCAUUCUUCCAAUAUCUGCAAAAAGUAGUGAUUGUAUACAUUUGAAUAUAUAGAUGUUCAAGUUAAUUAUUUAAACCACAGGGGGACUGUGCAUGAAGAACCCCCCCCCCCCUCAUCCCUCUUUUUGGGGCAGUGGUGUAAGGGGGGGAGGGAGUGGGCUUUUAAAGGUUCAAUUACUUCAUAAUCGCAAAGAUACCGUUGAAUUACAUUGUCCAGUCGUCCAUGUGUCCCGCACCGCUGGGUGACUCAUUUUUAGUGUUUUCUGUGCCGGAACAUAUCAUUUAUCUAGAAUUGCUGUCUUCAGAAAUGCAGCUUAAGGCCUUUUCAGAUUCAUUUUGAGUGGGCGUAAGAGGGGAACUGUAAAAGGAUUGUGUGGAAAAAUAUCCACACAAUAAGUAAUCUCAAUGGAUCUCUUGAAUCAUGGCAGGCAUUGCAAUUCAUAUUUAUGGUUGAAGGGUUCUUCAUUAAUUUUAGGACUCCUUUAACUGUAGCCUUUUUUUUAAUCUUAAAUUGUGCCAUUUUCUACAGCAGCAAUGUGUUCUAAAGGGCAAAUUACAGUCCUUUGCAUUACUGGAUAUUGUUUUCAAUGGAGGUCAUUCAUCAAAAUGUAUUAGACACUAUGUAGUCCGUCAUGGCCAUUACUGAGUUAAGCUUAUGCCUUAGGUCAGGUGACUUUGUGUGAAAGGGAUAAAAGAUUAAAGCUUUCUAACUUCAAUUUCAUCCAGUAAUGUAAGACCAGUAUAUGUAAGACAUCUUGUAAAAUAAACAAACAUUUAUUUGUGAACAAACUAUUUCUGAAUGAAUAAAUGUGUGAAAUCUACAGAGAA